AUGACCUGGAUAUCAUUGGUUUGCUUGCUCGCUCUGUCGAGUUCAGCUUUUGCCGGUUACGGUCAAGCAGGUGGCUAUGGAUCAGCCUUACCUAAGGUAUUAUCUAUGAUUCGUGACAACCCAGUUCGACGACCAAUCUUACCAAUCGUCCCACAAACUUACGGACAACAAAAAUCCCUUGAACAACCAUCAUACGGUCAAGUACAACAACCACAAAUACCAGCUACUUAUGGUUCACAAAUCUUCACCGCACCAAAAGUUUUACCAACUCAAGGUUAUGGUGCUGCUCCUCGCAUGUUCGCUUUUGACGAAACACAAGCCCCUCAAGUUCCACAAAUCCCCAUCGUCACCGAAGCUGACAACCUCUGCCGUGGUCAAGCUCCAGAAACCGUCAUUCCAUUAGAUGAUGGUCGCCGAUUUGUUGUCUGUCUCGAUGAUGGCAAAGGUGCUGAACAAUCAUGUCCAAAAGGUCUUGUCUACCGUGCAUCCACACGCCGAUGUGAACGCAAAUAUGGUCCACAAGACUACUGUCUUUCCCAACCAUGCCUUAACGGUGGUCAAUGCCUUCCAACUGACUCAAGCUACCAAUGCCAAUGUGCCCCUGGUUUCGACGGUCAAAACUGUGAAUUAGAUGCCCGCAUCUGUCAAACUCAAUAUCCAUGCGGACAAUCACCAGAUGCCCGAUGCCAGUCAUUCCGUUUAGGUGCUGCUCUUCCAUACAUCUGCAUCUUUCAAGAUGGUCUUGCUUACGGUCUUAGUAAUACACAAGUUGUUCCCAGCCCAUGCCAAGGUGUCGAUGGUCCACAAGCUUUAAGUGUCACUGACAAAGGUUUCAUUAUGUGCGAUGGUGAACGUAUGUUUGUUGAAUCAUGCCCUGGUGGUACAAUUUGGGAAGAUGCAAACAAAGCUUGUGUAUGGCCAGAUCUGCAAACAACUGUUCCACAACUUGACGAACAACCAUCAUACGGCUCACAAAUCAAACCAAAACUGAUCCAAGGAUACGGUUCACAAAUUCUCGAACAGCCAAAACUCAUUCAAGGAUAUGGAUCACAAAUCCCUGAACAACCCAAACUCAUCCAGGGAUAUGGAUCACAAAUUCCUCAACUACCCAGAUUCAUUCAAAAACUUGAACAACCAAAACUGAUCCAAGGAUACGGUUCACGAAUUCCUGAACAACCAAAACUCAUCCAAGGAUACGGAUCUCAAAUCCCCGAACAACCAAAACUCAUCCAAGGAUACGGAUCACAAAUCCCCGAACAACCAAAACUCAUCCAAGGAUACGGUUCACGAAUUCCUGAACAACCCAAACUCAUCCAAGGAUACGGAUCUCAAAUCCCCGAACAACCAAAACUCAUCCAAGGAUACGGAUCACAAAUCCCCGAACAACCAAAACUCAUCCAAGGAUACGGAUCACAAAUCCCCGAACAACCAAAACUCAUCCAAGGAUACGGUUCACGAAUUCCUGAACAACCCAAACUCAUCCAAGGAUACGGAUCUCAAACCCUCGAACAACCCAAACUCAUCCAAGGAUACGGAUCUCAAAUCCUCGAACAACCAAAACUCAUCGCAACAUUUGAACAACCAAAACCCGUUCAAACUUACGGAUCUGAAAUUACCAUUCAACCAGAUUCUGAACAACCAAAACUCGUUCAACCAUCAUCAGGUUAUUAA